AGCCAGUCGGACAAGCAGAGCGUGACUGAUGUUAAGAUCAGCUGGCGAGAUGACAAAAACUCACCCACACACCUGCCGGAGCUGACACAGGAAUCUGCAACCAACCAAACAGGUUUGAUCAACAGACUUAUCAUACCAUCUCUUCAGGUAUCGGAACAUCAGAGCUUUGUCUCAUUUCCGCCCAAUUUUCUUAAGCCACCCCAUUUGAAAGUCACUCAGUAAAACAUGAUAAACGGCACAGAGAAGGAGCAAGCUAAUGAUUUAUUCCAUCAGUCGAAGCGGGAAAUUUCACAGUAUGUUGAAAACUACCCCAAAUCCAAUAACACUGAGUUGUUCUCCAUACUGUCACUGCUGAACGCAUACCUUCCUGAGUCCUACCUGCUCAUGGAACAGUGUCAAAAAAUCCUCGGCCCACCUGAUCCCAUCCAUGGAGGGCCGCCCUUCGAAGAGCGAAUGAAGCCUUUCAGCACCCUGAUCCGUGUAGAGUCUGAACGGGUGUAUUUGAUUCACCAAGUGACUGCAGAGAAAUCUGUGGAGCUUCUGGACAGCUUGGCAAUAUCCAGAAGUGCCACACUGAAGGCUUACAUGCGCUUACUUUGUGGACAGAUGGACCCACCAGAAAUGAUCCAAUUGACAAAAGAUUUACUGACAAAGAGACAAAUUGACAAAGGAAGAAAAAAAUGCUUCUCUAAUUUGAUCACAGACAUAAUGGAGCAGGAGGAAUUUGAUGAAGCUGUCUCUGUCUUAAAGAUUGCAUCUGGUAAAUUCAAGCAAGUAUACAAUUUCCCCCAAACUGUUGCUCGUCUGUUUUUACAAAACAAAAUAUACAACAAAGCAGUAAAAUGGGCAAAGACUGCGAUUGAAAGAGCUGAAAACAACUCCUAUGUUGCUGACACUCUUGGACAGGUGUAUAAGAAUGAAUUAAAAGGGGUCAAAAACAGCAGUAGUGUCGAAAAAAAGGCCAAACUGGCCUUUGAAGCCUUCAAAAAAGUGGAGGAGAAAGCUGAGAGAGAAGAAGGACCAGAGAUGACAGACAUGGCUGGCUCGAUAAACGUGUCAGAUUCCUUCAACAACAGGGGCCUUUUUGGUUUCUGUCAAGUGGCAAAGAUGGUCCAUGAAAAACUUGGACAUAAGAAAGCUAUAUCUCUUUUGGCAGAUAAAAAAAUGGAAGUUGAAUACAAAUUUGAAUUUUUCGAGUGGUAUCUGAGCUACUCCAAGCCCGACAUUGAAACUGAUGAGCCAGAUUACUUCUGGAAAGAUGUUGUGCUUUGUUAUGAAAGAUACACAGGAAAAAAAGCAGCCGACUCCAGCAGCUUUCCAGGCCUCAUCGAUUGUCUGAAUCACGGCCGUUUCACCUCAAAGGGAAAGCGUGCUAGGUUUAGAGAGACUGAGAUAACAACAGAGUCUUUACAGGGAGUCCGAGAUCGUUUUUAUCUCCAUCACAAAACUUCCUCAGAUGAUGUGAAAGUGGCAGAGAGGUACAUCCUUUCAAGCAUCCUUGUGAGCAACAGGUUACCUCAUCGUCCUCAGGACACAGUGGUGGAGGGACUCCAGGGAAUCGUCCGUAGAUUCCUGCAAACUGAGGAGAGGUACAGAAGCCCUGAGUUUUACCUCUUAGCUCUGCUGCUGUUUUGGCCAGAGGAAAAUCCUCAGCCGCUGCCGAAAACGGAUGAGAACGGGUCCAAACAUGAGACAACAGAGGACAGCGGACCUCAAGACCAGUGCUUGGAAGAAGGGGACACUGAUGAGGAAGAAGACAAGGGAAGAGAGCCCAAAGUGUCCCCUGACCAGCUGUUUGAACCUUAUCUGCAAGGUCUAGUUACUUUGAUGAGCGAGGCAUACAAGAGAGCCAAGUAUGCCAAAUACCUCCGAGGCCGCUACCUGCUGCCACUAUUUUAUCUGGGAAGGGGCUCUGGCCUGAACAGAUGGGUUCACAGAUCUAGACUGGAUGCGAUUGUGGAGGCGAAAGUGGACCCUAAGACCUCAAAUAAACCUAUUAGGAACGGAGAAAAGAGGAAGCAGAUCAACUAUUUGUGGUCCAGUGGAAAGGUGUGGCAGAUAGGAGAAAUCCAAGAAAUCCUUCAACCCGUCAAGUUAGAGUCAGUGACCACAGAGAAGAAUGUGGUGUUUGUUUAUGCUGGAGGGAAGAAAAUACGAGUCAGAGCAGAUUAUGAACAAAAGCAAGGACCAGUCCUUUUUUAUCUUUGCUUUAACAUCCAGGGUCCACUUGUCUUCUCUAACUGUUCUCGGACACGGACAGGUCAACGAGCUCAUUAAGAUGCUAAAGAUAUAGUUUAGUCCACCGAACAGCAGUACGCUGCUGUUUUAUAUGUUAUUUACAUGACAGGAAGUAAACUGCUUUCUUGUUAAAAGGAAGAACGAUCAUCCCUUAUGUCAAAACUAACCAGAUAAAGCAUUAGAUACGUUUUUGACAUGGAAAAUGUUGUAAACUCUUGCACGAACCUUUGCUGAGAUGUUGAAGAAAAGGUUAUGUUUUGUUUUGUUUCAGGGUUUUUUAAAGUUAUAGUUAAGGAGUCAUGCAUAGACAGAAAAUCUGAAUUAUAUUAUUAUUAAUUUCUCUGUACAUUUUUUCUUAAAGAACACUAAAUGGAAUUGGAAAUCUAACCUUGUAUGUGAUCUAUCUGACAAUAAAACGU